AUGACCUACCAACUCCUCGCCGGCGGAUAUCGCGACACCGUCACCCUCUUCUCCUUUGAGGCUUCCCCGUCCAAGAUCAAGGUCAUCUCGGACUCGCCCGCACCCCAGAACGCCUCGUGGCUGGAGCCCUCGACCCAGUCUACCGAUGCCGGGCGGGUCGUGUACAGCUUGUCGGAGGAUGAGAAGGAGGGCAAGGGAUUGAGCCUGAUUGUCAAGGGAGACAAGGUUGAGGUUACGGCGGAGAGAAUGACGAAUGGAGCGCCGGCGCAUGUGCACCUGCUCAAGGAUGGGUCGGGUGUCAUUGUCGCCAACUACGUCGGCGGCUCGGCCAUCUACUUCCCCCUCGACCCCUCCGGUGCGCUGUCCAAGUCUUCCGACUCACCCAACCUCGUCUUCCCGUACCCUUACAAAGAUACCAAGGCGCCCAACCCUGACCGCCAGGAGGCGUCUCACAUCCACCACGUCGUCGAGUCCAAGGACGGCAAGUUCUACGUGGCGGAUUUGGGCAGUGACCGGGUGUGGGUCGUUGUGAGGGAAGGCGAGAGCGGGCUGGACAUCAAGGGAUGGCUGCAGGCUCCUGCUGGAGCUGGUCCAAGGCACCUUGCUCUUUCUCCGGACGAGAAACACCUUUACUGCCUCACUGAGCUCUCACACGAAGUUCUCAUCUUCUCCCUCUCCGACUCACUCCCCGCGCACCCCAAGCCCGACUUCAAAGUCUCCAUCAUCCCUCCCAACGUCCCCAGCACCCACUCCAAGCUCAUGGACUCUGCCGAGAUCCAGCUCAACUCUGCCUUCCCGAACGUCAUCUACGCGUCCAACCGCCUCGAACUCCACAUCCACGACGACGACUCGCAGAAGGACCUGCCGAAGCUCGACAACCCCAGCAAGGGGGAUGCGGUCGCGGUGAUCCUGCUCGGAGAGGACGGGACGACGGUCGAGAGUGUCAAGCACGUCAGGACCGAGGCGGACGGGAUCAGGGCGAUGAAGGUUAGUAAGGACGGCAAGUAUGUUGCCUUGGCGGGGCAGCAAGGAGGUGGGGUGGAGAUCUGGGCGGUGGGUGGUAAGAGGGGAGAUGAGUGGAAGUUGGCCGCCAAGGAGGAAUCGAUCAAGCAGGUCACCGAUAUCAUUUGGCUUUAG